AUGGUUCGAAAGCUCAAUCACUACAAAGUACUCGGAAUCGCGCCGAACGCGAGCGAAGAUGACGUCAAGAAAGCCUAUCGCUCGCUCGUUCGCACGGCACAUCCCGAUAAAGGAGGAUCAGCCGAACGGUUUCAACGCAUUCAGAAAAGUUACGAAUUGAUUUUACAGAAAAUGAGUAAGACUCGUACUACGCAUAAAACGAAGAAGGAGACUGAACGACAAACACCGCGCGGUGACGAUCCCGACAAUGGUGAACACGAUCAGAAACAAAGAAGAGGGUUUGAAAGAAGUGAGAAGGAGGAGACGAAAAUAAAGAGCGAGAACAUUGAAGACACCUACCGACGCGUGAAAUCAGAUGCGCCGUAUUCGUGGCGAGCGAAAACGAUUCUGAAGAAUACCAACAGAAAAGAUCAAGAUCUAGAAGAAGAAGGAGAAAAAGAAGAAGAAGAAGAAGAAGAAGAAGAGACGAAGAAAACGAAGGAGAUUGUGUUAGAGAUUCGCGAAGAUGCGGCGGAUUCACAGCCUCUCGUGAACGGUUUGAAUCUCGAAAAAAUUGGCGACGACGCCAUGACAGACGAGGAUUUCUCGAGAGCGCGCGAAUGUUACACGCAAGCGCUCGCAUUUUCUAAACUCGAAGGUCUGCAUCGAUACGCGGAGCUGUACCAUAAACGUGCUCUUUGUCAUCGCGCGCUCGGCGAUUACGAAGACGGAUUGUCCGAUGCCGAAAAAUCGUGCUCAUUUCGCAGACUCUGGAUUGACCCGUAUUUGACAUGCGGAGAUAUUUUAGAGCGAUUAGAACGGUGGAGUGCGGCGCUCAAGAGCUACAGAGAGUCGCCAACGAGAGAUGCGACCCUGGACGUGAAAUUGAAAAUAGACGAAGGUAUCGCCAGAUGCGAAGAGAGAAUGAGGAGUUCGUCGUCGAUGUGGGUUGUUGAAAACGCCCACGAAGGAGGCGUCAAACGCGUCGCGGUAAAAUCUAUAUCGUUACGAAGAAGAGGUUUCCCCGUCUCGUCGACCACAAAGGUGGUCUCUUCGUCGGAGUUUACGUACUUGAUCGCAACGUGCGGUGGAGAUAAGUUUAUCAACGUCUGGUCUGCAGAUGGCGAAAAAAUUGCGAGACUAAAGUGUUCAGAAGAUGUUGUUGAUAUACGAUGGAGCGAUCCGAAAGUAUCAGGAGACGAUAUAGAGGCAGACGAGGAUGUAGAUACUCACGACACUUGCGAGGACGAUACUUAUGCAUACGAAGAUUCACUGGACUUGCCCACGCUCGCGAUUAUUGGACGCAAUAAUACUGUCAUGAUUUGGAAAAAUAUGGUUCCCGAGAUGAAAAGCGGCAACGAACAAGUGCUCCAUUUAAGCGGCUUUCACGAUGAAAAAGUAACCGUCACCGCGUGCGCGUUUUCACCAAUUUUGUUUUCACAUCGACUCGCUACCGCAGAUUCGAGUGGUAAAGUAGCCACAUGGGAUGUUCAAACUGGAUCUUUAGAAUGCGUGACGAAGUAUCAUCACCGCGAUGCAGUCAAUGAAAUUGCUUGGCACCCGCAAACUGGUGCAUCUCUGACGACGGUUUCAAACGACGGUGACGGACGUGUGUUUGAUAUCGACGGAGACGUCAAAGAUCCUGGGAGCUGUCUGCACACCUUGCGAUGGAUGGCAAAACAAAUGACGCACGUAACGUAUACAAAUUGCGGACGUCUCAUUUUAACCGCCACGUGCGAUAGUUAUGGGAAUGGCGGUCGAGGUGCGUAUCGCAUUCUCGUUUGGUCGUCUGUGAGCGGGCGCUUGUGUAAAUGGUACGACGAUCACUCCAGUAGAAUCACAUCACUCUCUUGGCACCCGAACCCUGGAACAAGAAACAUAUUGCUAACUGGUGCUUCAGAUGGUAUUUUGAGAUGUUUCUCAAUCAGAGCGUCACCGAGUGGAGCGGGAAAAGCGCUCGUUCAACAAGACGAAAAAUCUGGUGAUAUUUUAAGACUCGCGGGCGAAAAGUGGACGCGUACGACUUCAGCGCACAAUUGCGUCCAACAUAACGAAUAUGGUGGGUUUGUAGCAGUCGCGAGUAAUGAUGCACACGUUCGAGUGUAUUCGAGCGAUGCGCUCGAGCUCAAGCACGAGCGGAAAUGCGGUAAGUUUAACGCGUCGGAAGAGUGCGCUUGCGCAGACUUGGCAUGGCUCAAAGCGCCGAUAUCUACGAAAACCGACAACGGACUCGCAGAAGUGAACUUCUGGGGACUCGUAACAGCGACAUCAACGGGAGAAUUGAGACUAUGGAGAAUUCCUCGAAGUCAACACUCCAUGGUCGCGGAAGAUCAAAAUCAUGGCGAGAGUGGGCACGCGCUGCAAACUCUCGAAUCUUGCACGUGGUGGGAUCCGAACGAAAACGCCGACGAGGCUGUCCCAGAAAAACACAAAAACUUCCAAAUCCAAAGCGCUUCGCGACGGAACUGGCACUAUCUCGGACCUGGAAUGAACGAUAAACUUGAGCACAAAGCACUGGUUUUGAAGGGUUCUUCUGAAGAGCUCGAGUUCGAUGGUAUCGGUGAUAACAAAGUAGUGAGCGACGCGCUGUUACCGGGCGACGGAGACGUAUCCGAAGAAAACCUGGAAACGAUCGAAAACGAGAUGCAGAUGUACAUGACAGAGAGAAGGAACUUUAUGAAAGAUACGGCUAAUUCUUCUAAAAGUAAACGCGCUUACCACGAAAGCUAUUGCGAAAAAAUUAAACCUUUGAGAGAGCGAAGAGGAAGAAUCUAUCGCAAUCUGAAAAACUUAGACAUGAUUUAA